AUGAUUUUACUACGUUUCAUAUUUAUAAUUUGUUUUACUAAUGCAACAUAUCUUUAUUUUGAUCGUAAUUCUUAUGAAAUAUUUCUAAGUGAAUCAACACAAAUUUAUACAAAAAUUGCUUUAAUAAAAGCUAUUUCAGCUCCAUCAUUAUCUAUUCAAUAUGAACUUCAUGGUGACACAAAUAAAACAUUUUAUUUAAAUUCUCUUACAGGUGAAUUAAUCUUAUUAAAUCCUGUUGAUUAUGAAACAAUAUCUAUAUAUAAAUUAACAGCUGAAGCACGUUCACCAUCAUCAAUUGCACCUUGUUUUGCUGAAUUAAUAAUUCAUAUAUUAAAUAUUAAUGAUAAUCCACCUGAUAUUAAUUUAAUAAUUUAUCCUUCUGUUUUAUAUAAAUCAAAUAUAAUUAAAUAUGAUUUAAAUACAUCAUCAACACCAUUUGCUACAAUAACUUUAAAAGAUUUCGAUGAAUCAACAAAAAAUUUAAGUUUAUAUUUAAAUGAUACUGAACAUUUUCAAAUUCAAUUAAUAAGACAAAUUAAAAAUGAUUUAAUUUAUAUUUUAUCAACAAAAAAUAAUUUAAAAUUAAUUCAUCAAGAUUAUUAUUAUUUAUUAUUAAUAUCUUGUGAUAAUGAUCAACCAUUAUUAUGUACAAAUCAAACAUAUAUAUUUCAUAUGAAAUCAAAUGAAUAUUUAUGUAAUUUAUCAUUUAAUCAAAAAACUUAUAUUAUUGAUAUAAAAGAAAAUUUACCAAUUAAAACAUUUUUAAUGCAUAAAAUAACAAAUAAAUUUUGUCGAAAUAUUAUUUAUUCAAUUGAUAAUACAAAAAAUUUCUAUAUUGAUUCAUAUACAGGUGAUUUAUAUACAUUAAAAAAAUUUAAUCGAACUGAACAAAGCAUUUAUAUUAUUGAUUUAUUUGUUAAUAAUUAUUUUAAAAUAAAAAUUAUUGUACGAAUACUUGAUCAAUAUGGUAAUAUUCCAUUUUUAAUAAAUAAAUAUAUAAUUAUAAAUCAAAAUAAAUUUUUAUUUGUACAUAUAUUUAAUUCAACAUUAUGUCGACCUCAAAUAAUCAUUGAAAAUUAUUUUCAACUUUUAUCUAAUUGUACAAUUAUACCUUUAAUAAAACCACCUUUAGGUCAAUAUUUAUUCAAUGUUGAACUUGAACAACGAAUAAAUCAUCAAGAUACAUUUUUACUUGAACUUAAAGACGAACAAGAACGUCUAUUAACAUUUAGACAUUCACAAUGGAUUAUUAUUAUACCGACUAUCAUUUGUUUUUUAUUCGUUCUUGGGACAAUCAUUGGUCUAAUUAUUAUUAUCAAACAAAAACGAAUUAAAUUUAAUCAAUUAUGUCGUGUUAAACAAGUGAGGAUAGAAUAAUCUGAUGGAGUUUCAACUAUUUCAAAAUUAAAAGUAUAUGAUGAUCAUGAAUUAUCAUCAUCACAAACAAGUACAGCAAUUUAUUUAGUACAAAAACCAUCACCACCACUUUCAUCAUUAAGUCCAUUACGUGAUGAUGAAGGUUAUUCAGGAAGUUCGAAUGUAUCGGAAAAUCAUUUACCAUUUGAAUCAACACUUAUUUCUGCUAAUGAAUUAAAUGAACAGUAUCGUAUACAUGAAUUUUCUAAACAUCAAUCGACAUCACCCAUAUAUGAUGUACCAAGACGACAUAUUGACAAAACGAAUGUUCCACACAUUUCAAUAGAUGCAUCACUUGUUUAA